UGCAGAGCUCGCGCGCUCGCGCCGCUCCUGUCCCGCAGCAGCAGCACUAGCCUCGAGCUGGAGGUGUGCAGCACGAGAGCGGCUUUGGUGUCGAUCACGCCUGUGUGGAGAUGGCGAGUCCCAGCGAGGAGACGCGCUCAGACACAUGCGCGGAGCAGCAGCACGAAAGCGGAGAAACGAGCCAGGAGCCCGCAGUACAGGAGGCCCAGAAAUGGAUAGAGGCAGUGACGGGGAGAAGCUUUGGUGAGAAGGAUUUCAGGAGCGGACUGGAGAAUGGCAUUCUUCUAUGCGAGUUGCUGAGUUCUAUCAAACCAGGACUUGUGAAAAAGAUCAACAGACUCCCAACCCCCAUCGCAGGACUAGACAAUCUCACCAUGUUUCUGAGGGGAUGUGAGGAAUUAGGACUGAAAGGAACACAGCUGUUCAACCCAGGAGACCUGCAGGACACAUCAAUACGCGCUAACCUAACGGGUUCAGAUUGUAGUAGAAAGCUAAAGAACGUCCUGAUCACUAUUUACUGGCUGGGCAAAACUGCUAACAGUUGUGCAUUUUAUAACGGUCCGAUGCUUGACCUGAAAGAGUUUGAAGGCCUUCUAUCCAUGAUGAGGAAGGAGUGUGUGAGCGAGGAGUCAGACUCUCCUAAGCGGAAUAUACGGGACAGUGGUUAUAUAGAUAAUUGGGAAUCGGAGCGUUCUGAUUCGCUGUCGCCGCCAAGGCACGGGCGAGAUGACUCUUUCGACAGCCUGGACUCUUUCGGUUCACGAUCACAACAGACACCUUCCCCUGACACUGUUCUCCGUGGCAACAGCGACGACUCGGAGGGUGACGGUGGUCCCCGGAGGUUACCAGACGUGCGCAAAGACGACAUGUCUGCCCGCCGGGUCUCCUAUAAAGAGCCUCGCGCCGCGUUGCCCUUUAACCAGUAUCUUCCCAACAAGAGCAACCAAACCAACUACAUCCCCGCUCCAUUGAGGAAGAGGAGGAGUGAGCGAGAGGAAGAGUGGAGGAGUGCCAGCAAUGCUACUUCCCCUGUCGGAGGAGAAAGACCGCUCAGAGAGGAGUGUGUUGGGGUAUUGAGAGAUGGGGGUAUCAGCCCCAACGCCCAGAAAACUGUCACCUGGGCAGUUGCAAAAGGGGCAGAGCCUGAGCUUGGGGAGGAGGAGCUAAAGAAGAUGAGAAAGCUAGAGAAGGCGGGGAUUAAAGUAUUGCCUGCCACUGUGAGAUAUAACAGUCCUAAGGUGACUGGUGUCGAACCCGAUCAGGCCAAGUCUCCAUCACCUGACAUCAUCCUUCGUCAUGACAAUGACUUCCUGCGGGCAGACCACCCACACGACCGGGACGCCAACAAGGAUGAUGAGGAUGAAAAUGCAGAAAGAAGAGUCCCAGACGUCCAGAAGGACGACCUGGCGUCCCGAAGAGCGCGUAUGAACCAAUCGAGACCCCACGUGACUCAUCACUUCCUGCCAGUGGGGUGCAGCAUGAAGGACCGCAAGCGAUGGGAGGGGAUCCGGCUGGCAUCCCAGCAUGCAGUGCUGGAGAGGAUGGAGAAAAUGGAGCAGGAGAAGAGGAGUGAGGCUGACUCUGCCUCUACUGAAGUGUCAAUCAUUACCCGUAAGGACAACCCCUUUCUUACUCCUCGUGGGAAAAAGAUGGGGGAGAAAGAGGAGAGUGAUGAGGAGGGAGAGGGGCGGGCAGUGGUGCCAAAUCUAUAUAAGGAUGACCUGGCCAGGAGGAGAGCUCAGAGUGGGACCACCCUGCAAAGAGACCCCCGUCAGUCACUAGUCCAGACGGCCAUUACUCAGUCUGACCUUGAGAAGUGGCAGAGACUUUCAAUGAACACUGAAAACAGUGAGGCCUCCCCUGCUGAGGCAUCAAUCAUAACUCAUAAGGACAAGCCCUUCCUGACCCCUGAGAAAGCGAGGGUGAGAGAGGAUGAGAAGGAGCAUGGUGAUGAGGGGGAGUCAGAGGGAGGAGGGAGGGCGGCGGUGCCUAACAUACAGAAAGAUGACCUGGCCAGGAGGCGUGGCCAAACUGGGGCCCUCCCACAGCGGGAUCCUCGGCAGACCCUGGUUCAGACGGCCAUCACUCAGUCAGACUUGGAGAAAUGGCAGAGGCUGAAGAUGAGCACAGAGGACAGUGACUCGCCCCCCGCUCCUCUGUGUCAGGCCUGUCUUGAGAAAGGCUCCAUCCUUGCCGCCUCCUCGGGAAAGGUUGCCAAGGGUGACCUGGCUGCUGGCCGAGGGCGUUCCCACGGCGACCGGCGGCGAUUUGUGACGUUCGGGGGGGUUACUGAAGUGGAGAGUGUUUCCUGGAAAGAGGGAGAGGAGCAGGAGGAUGAGGAGGAGGAAGAGGAGAGGAGGAAAGAGAGAGAGAGGGAUGAGUCAGAGACACUUCGACGCCUCCUCUCCACGGCAACAGUUGCCAUGCCCACCAUUGGGGUGAGCUCAGGGCUCACAGCAGAGAGAGCGGUAGGCAGUGGAAGUGCGAAUGCAGCCCCUGCCCUGAACUCAUCCUCAGAGUCUCCACAACCUUUGACCUCUGUCUCAAAACGCUCCUCAGCCUUGGCUGAGCGGGAGGCUCUGGAGUUGAGGCUGGCUGAGAAAGCAAGGGAUGAGAAGGAAUACGAGGAAAAUGAAGAGGAGGAGGAGAAGGACAGGCAGCCGGACAUAGAGAAAGAUGACAUGAUGGCGCGAAGGACAGGAGCAUUUCAGAAGGGAAUGAGCGGGACGUCCUAUAACCAGUUUCUGCCGCCGCCAGGCUCCAAGAGGGACACGGGUGGUUUUGGGUCGAAAGAAAGGAGUACAGAUCCUCUUAUGCUGGAGAAAAACAUAAAGACAAAGCGGUUCAAGUUUGGACAGAGAGUUGAUCCGGUAAACCUGGAACCAAAGCUGUCAGCAUCGGCAGCCACAGUUGCUCUAAACAAACCAGCCAUUAUCAGUUCAACUUCAGCCCACAGUGCAGUUCGCAGUGACUGUUCUGGUUUUCAUGAUGAUGAUGAGCAUGAUUAUGAAAGUCCCCUGCCUGACCUGGAAAAGGAUGACAUGCUCACGAGGAGAGCAGGAGUACAUCAAAAGCAGAGUGGGAGUCCUUUUAAUGUGUUUCUGCCUAAACCUGGAGCUGUCAAAAACAAAGCCAUCACUGGUAGUGCACAAUACCAAUCCAGCGAGAAAGAGAAGACAAACACCCAGGACAGUAACCAUGGAAACCCUCUCAGCUGCACCCCUAGCGCUGUGACCCCACCCUCAGCAGACGUUGAGAACACGCCCAAGAUGCUGGACAGGCAGGAGGCGUGCACUGAGGGUGUGAUGGGUGGGAAAAGUGAUAUUUUAGGUGGGGCCACAGGCAAAACUCCCUCCCCCAAACCUGACCCCAACCCACGGCGUCCGUUUUGGCUGGAAGACGAUGAUCUCCCCCCAACAUUCAGUCACAAGGCUGCUAUUGUUUCUGAUGAAACAGAGAGCGUCAGUUUGAUUGACAUGCGUGAUGAGGAGGAAGUGGACACCCUGUCACCACACAGCCAAUCACGGCACGAGAGGCUGCACAACCAAUACAACAAGCUGAGGGAGGAGGAGGACCAGUGGCAGGAUGACCUGGCUCGGUGGAAGAAUCGAAGACGGAGUGCCUCUCAAGAUCUGAUCAAGAAGGAGGAGGAGAGGAAGAUGAUGGAAAAACUGAUGAUGUCAGAGGGAGAUGCCCAUCGCAGGAAGAGCAUCAAAACUUACAAAGAGAUUGUGGAGGAGAAGGAGCGUCGAGAGCAGGAGCUUCACGAGCUGUACUGUAAAGCCUCAACUCCAGAAGAGAAGGCAGCUGUGCUGCAGCGCUAUGCGCUUCGCUUUACUAUCAGUGAUGCUAUACUAGAGAAACUACAACUCCCAAAACUCCCUCCUGCUACAACAGCAGUGGUCACGUCUUCUCCCGCUCACCCUGGGCAACAAGCCACGUAUGCAUUAAAUGAAGAAGCAGAAGUUUCAGCGGCUCUGCCGUCCACCCAAACACAAACACUGCCCACCGUCCAGCCCCACCAGCAGACACCUCGGUGUUCAUCCCACAGUCGUCCCAAAACACCAGAGCUAUCACCCACUCGUAGCUCGAAAACCCCAGAAGUCCCACUCUCGCCCACCCGGGUACCCCCUCCACCCUCCAAACCUGUGCCACUAUUGACCCCAAAGCCUUACAGCCAGCCUAAACUCAAUCAAGCCUUUUACAAGCCCCUCAAAACUGAUGGAUUGGUGCGUGUGAAUGGGGAAUGCAGUGUAGAGGAAACAAAAGAGACUCCAGCACCAGUACAACCGGUCUCCUUCUCCCCAUUGCCGCCAAAACUAGCAGCCAAAAGUCCUCAACAAGAACCAGAAAUCUCACCAGCAAGUGAGACCACAGCACAAGAUCACACUCAGACCUUAUCCAGUGUCUUCAGCCAGGAGACAGAAAAGGCAAAUGAAGAGAUAAAGAGCCCCAGUAGUCCGCAGGAAAAGAGUAGCGAGGAGGAGACCUCCACAACACUCACAAAUUCAGAACUAACAGAAGAGAAGCAAACAGUCUCUAAUUCAGCGGUGAAGCGAAACUGUAUCAUCAAGACAACAAUUGUGACCGAACUUACGCAGACACAUUCACUUACCACAACAGACAUGUCCAGUGCUGACCAGUUGAGCACUUCAGAUGGUUCAGCUCAGAAGUCUUGUGAUGAGGUUUCCUCUACAGACUCCGGAAGGGCUGAAGGUGCCUCGUAUUCGCUCUCCCUGACAGAACCCUCACACUCCUCCAGUAGCUCUAGGUUACGCUGGGAGUUCUUCGCUCCAACAGAGGGACUUGACUUUACCAGCGAAUGUAUCGAAACCCCGAUUUUAAACCUCGCAAAGCGGGUUGAUCACUGGACUUGGGAUCCUAAUGAAGAGCGUAAACGGCAGGAGAGGUGGCAGCAAGAGCAGGAGCGCCUGCUACAGGAGAAGUAUCAGCGGGAACAGGAGAGGCUGAAGAAGGAGUGGGAGAAAGCUCAGAAGGAAGUGGAGGAGGAGGAGAGGAAACACAAUGAGGAGGAACGACGGAUUCUGGAAGAGACCGUGGCACCGUUGACUCCACGUGCACCAGCUCUGUCUUCUCCCAGUGUGACAGAAGACCCGCCGCUUUCCACACCUCCUCACGACACCGUUGUUCUCUCAUUGGCUGACUGGGAGAAAAAACAGGAAAAGCUGGAGAAAGAGACAAAGAAAAAUGGGGUAGAACACAGCUCUGAUCACACAGAAGCAAUCGCACCUGCACAGCAGAACGGCCAGAGAGCAGAACAUCAGGAGAGUCAAACAGCUACACCACAACUACAGUUCAUACAGGAUGGGACUUGGAGCUCCAAAUCUGAGAGCAAACCAGAAUGGAAAAAAACUGCCUCACUGGACAGGAAUCUGAGCCCUUCACAGACACAGCCUCCCAGGAUGAGGAGGACUGGCUCGUAUGAAAACAUUUUAGGGACGCACCCAUCUCAAUCACUUCCAUCAUCACAAGACACACCGCCCCCAUCACCAAGCAGGUCAGUGAGUGGUAAGAAGCUUUGCUCCAGCUGUGCACAUCCGCUGGGUAAAGGAGCUGCUAUGAUAAUUGAGACUUUGGGGCUCUACUUCCACAUCCAGUGCUUUAAGUGUGGUGUGUGUAAAGGGCUACUCGGUGACACAAGUGCAGGAACUGAUGUUCGGAUUCGAAACGGAGUGCUCAACUGUCAAGAUUGCUAUAUCAAAUCACGUGCUGCUGGCCAGCCAACCACCUUGUGACACCUUUGCCAAGUCUACCGAAGCCUGGACCAUUCCCGCGGAGAAGACAUAAGUUGAUGUUUCACUUCUGGAGCGAUUUCCAUAAAGCACAAUGUACAAAUCGCCCUGUGACACAAAUUGAUUAAAUUCGAACUCUAUGGAGCAUUCGAUUAUUCUUCUGGGCUUUAAUAUUAAUCUGGAAAAACGUCAUUCUGACGAUUAGACACAUGAGCGUACAUCGUGGUAACAAGUAUUAAACCUCACAUUAGCUUGUUGUACAAUGUGGAGCUUUCCACUGGACAGCCUAGAUAACUUAAAUUAGCAAUAAUGAUACCGACCCGCGUUUUGAACGAGAAAGUUUCCCCUAAAAUAAUAACUAACCUCAACAUUGAUCAAGUUGCACAAAAGAUAGGGGUAUCAUAUAGUUAUGUCAGCAGUUUUGCACUUUUGGAUCCUCUAUCCAUGAUUUUCAGCAGUUAUUGAAGGACAAUUUUAACAUUUUGUCCAAAAAAAAUCCCAUAUUUUCCAGUUUCACACAAUUUGUUUUUAGUUUUAAUGGUGUUUUUUGGUGAAAUGUGCGCUUUUAAAGUAAGACAUAGCACAAAAAUGACCUCUUUUAGGCUUCCAGAGGGCUGGGCAUAAAAGGGAUCCAAUUUUGGGUUUAAAAUAAUCUUGUAUCGGAUUAUCAGUAUUUUGCAAGAAGCAAAAAAACGUAAUCGUCCUCAACUGUUCUGAAACAGAAAUGUUUAUUUGAAUUCUCUAAUGUGAAGUGACAAUGUUUGUUUUUCAUUAAGUGCAGCCCACUAGCUUAUUUAAGUUUUAGCUGCAAACUUUGUUCUUCAAACAUAAUAAUGUGUGUGUACAAACAAAAACCAGAACUGUCCAGGCUGUGGCCUUUUCUGUGGUUCUUUAUGGAUGUGAUAACUGAACAAUAAAAAACAGGACAGGAAAAAUACUGAUGCCUUUGAACUUUGGUGUCAGCGAAGACUUUUGAGAGUACCUCGGACAUCAAACAAGAAAACAAAUGGAUCCUCGACCAAAUCAAGCCUCACCGCUCACCCACUCAGAACAUAAAACAUAAAAUAACAGAUUUUUCAUUCCAUGUUUGAGCCAUUGCUGAAAUGUACUUGGUAUUGUUUUUAUUUAAAAGCAUCGUUUACCUAGGAGCUUGAUAGCUAGCAUUCUGGCUGUAACAGCUUCUGAGAUGGGGUAAAGUUGAGUGUCAUGAUAUGUAGAAUGAAAGCAGUGAUGUUACUACUUUGCUAUCUUGUUCUAUGCCCUGUGAAAGCCUAUGGGAGGUCAGUUUAGGAACCACAUUUCACAAAAACGGCAUGCUUCAAACUGUAAACUGAAAAACUUUUUGCUACUUUGGGGGGAACACCCUUUUAAUGUUCCUUUUAAUUCAAAUUACUGUAAAACAAAAAUCAAAGAUAAGCGUAAUAAGCAAUGGUUAUCCCUUCACCCAUUAGCUUUGAACCGUAGGAAGUCAUUGAGCCUGUUAUUAUUGUUAAUAUUCCUGGCCUGCCUACAGACGUCCUGCGAUAUUUGGUUCGAUUUCUGCUGGAAGAUGAAUGGGAUAUAGCCUUCAGUGAGGCAAACUUUAUUUUAUCUUACAGCCUUAAUAGUAGGCGCUAUAUGCUGCAUGACUCUGCGAAGGGCCGGUUCUAAAGGGAGCGACUGGACAUCUUUCAUUAUGGUUUAAAAAAAAAAGAGAAAGAAAAAAAAAAACAUUGGUUCUUUAACUUGUGUGGUUUUAAGUUAAUUGCUGUGUUAACCCAUUUUGAGUAUUCUUCCUUCUCAUUUUGUAUUUUUUUGUUCUCAUUUGUCUUCUCAUUUUCGAUCACAUAUUAGCCUAGCUUGCGGUUUAAAAUGCAUGAUGUUUUGAGGUCUCACUUAAGUAGUGGAUGAAUACAUUUCCAUUUGGUUGUUCUUUACAUUGUAAUUUUCAUUUUCGUGGCCAUUUGGUGAAGAAGAAAAAAACUUAGGCUGUUAGUUUUGGAGAAGUUUUCCUUUUCUGUUGUUCCAGACAGCUGUCAAUCAUAUACAUUGCUAUGUUGUGCCUUAAGAAUGAUUGCACAUUUGGAGGAAGGUUGUGUGGUUGUGUUCUGUAUGCAACGUCCAGAGCUAUUUCGUUUUGUUUUUUUCUUUGCAAAUGGUAAAAGAAAUAUGCACAAAUUUCUCUAUUUCUAUCAUUGUCUUUCUAUUCACAAACCUUUCAAGCUGCAUAACAAAACUUGUAAUCGUUUGGCUGUUGUGAAUGAUGUUUUAUGCCACAGCAGGGCUCAGCAUGCUCUCGAAAUAUGUUUUAAUAUCCGAAAUCAGUUUUAAAAAACCUGAAGGAAAUGGAUAGAUUGAGGUUUCCACAUGCAGCCGUUUAUGUUGUCUGUCUUAUUUGCGUAGGCUAAUCUCUAAUUAAGAUAUAAGAAUAAUGAAGAGGAGCAGGAUAAUGUAGCCGAAGGUUUUGUUACUCAGAGGAAUAAUGGCCCAUGUAUUAAAGCUCGUUAUUUAUUUUAUCACCUUAAGGACGAUGAAUAGGACAACCUGGCAACCCUUGUAAUGCAGUGGGUUUUAUAGCAAGUGUAUGUUUAUAAAUAAACUAUUUUAAAUGCGC